AUGCGGACUAGGACUGUCCUUUCGUUGACCCUGUCGCUAUUGAACCUGGGCGCUAACGCAUCUAAUAAUACGUCCGAUAUUUCGCAGAUCUUCGCAGAUCUUGGAGAUCUCCCUCCCACGGGUGACUACAGCGUUGUGUACAUCAAUCCGGAUACCCAUAAGCUUGUGGAGGACAGCAUCCCAAAUCUUGCCGGGCAUGGAAAACGGACAAUUGACUUUUGGAUAUACAGGUACUACGAAGACCCACUCGUCGCCCUCCUCCGCCGCAACAACGCUUAUGGUUUCUGCAAAGCGUACUGCGCUGGCGAGAAGGCAUCAGUGGUUACUAAGACGAAGACCGCAACAAAGACUGCCGUAGUGUCUAAGGCUACUACAAGCUGCUUGAACAGCUCAACAGCCACUGAGUACACCACCGAGACGAGCUCCGUUACCGAAACUCUCACGACCACAACCACCUCGACCCUACAGUUCGGUCCAAGUGCGACUGCGACAUUCGCCCCUAGAGACAUCAAAUACCCCCCCUACCUCCGCGGUCACAACCACAGAGAUAUUGAGGCCGCGUGUAAGGUCCUCAACAAGCCACUGCCAAAGACCACAACCGUAACGCGUACAAAAACUAUCUCUUCAACGCACAUCCGCACUUUCACCAGCGUCCCCGCUGUUGUCACUCAUCUCGUAACGAGCACGCCUCCAGCCACAAUACUUACGACAGCGCAAACUGAUAUCUUGACAACUAUUGAGACUUCUACUUUGACAGUCACUGCAUACACGACUAUCACAUCUGUCUAUCUCCACGCGGAGACCAGCACCUCGUUUGCUACUACAACCUCAGCCGUUACGGAGACUAUUACCUUACAAACCACUGAGACGACGACAACUACAGCCACCGCGACUGUGUCCGCAUGCCCUUCAGCUACGUACGGCAUCUCCGGCAUUGCAGUCUGGCCCCUGGCCAACUCCGCUCAGGUGGUGCUACACCGGACGCGCCUGCAUGCUGCUCUUUGUGCUAUACCACCCCUGGCUGCAACGGAUGGGCGUUCCUGGGAGCCAAUUUCUGCUUUGCCUCGUUCGGCUCGCCGCCAAAUACGGCUCCAGACACUUCUACGUGCCCCAAUGGGUUUGGGUCAUACGUGCUUGGGACCGGUGGGCCCAGCUACCUAG